AUGAUUCCUGGUGUGAGAAGAAGCCAAUUUGCGGCGUAUACGUUGGCUACAUAUGUCGGAGCAAUCUGGUCAUUGUUCAAUUGUCUACAAUCGAGUCUGUCGUAUUUGGAGGCAACUCUGAAACUAUGCCAGGGCGCGAAUUUGAUCAUACAGUGCAAUUUCGUGGUCAUCAACACCAUUUUGCUGUGGAAAGGCCUAUCAAAACUGCUUUUCGGAGAAUUGCGUCUUUUAGAGUACGAACACAUUUUCGAAAAAUUGUCAUUCACACUGGUAAGCAGCUUCUUCGUGACAUCGAUGUACUCCGGAAAUGAGUUACUGGGCGUGCUCGCUUUCGAGGGGGCUUUGAUUUUUGUGAAAGUGUUCCAUUGGGUCUUGAAAGACAGACUCGAGUAUGUGAUCCAAAACACGGACGAAAAUACGUCACUUAUCAGGUUCGUCUUCUCCAAGUUCGUCUUCAACAUUUGCUUCUUAGCAUGGGUAGACUACGCAACAGUCGCUUAUUUUUAUAAAAGUGCGACUUUCAGAGGCAAGAGAGCGCUUGACGGUUCUACACAAUCAAUUCUUUUCGGCACCAGUUUUGCAAUGCUGUUCGUGGACGUGCUAGAGGUGGCGUUGAAAACUUUGAUCCUGGCGGUGGAGCUGCGUCAAUUACGCAGAGCUCAGGCGCAGAACGAAGAAGAAGGUGCGGGUCUCGAGGGCAAGUUUAUUUACGAGAUGAUUUCAGAGCUAAUUUGCCGUUGCAUCAAAGUCGGCUUACAUUCUCUUCUUCUAUUUGCACUUUUCAUGCCCGUUAUGGUCGUGAAAGACAUCAUAUGGGACUCCCUAGCCAUAUUCCAAACAUCUCGUCUGAUUUGGAAAACGUUAAGGAGCAACAGGCAAAUAGACGAGAAACUACCGACAGUGACUCGUUCGGAAUUGGAUUCUGCUGACGAGAGGAUGUGCAUUGUUUGCAUGGAUGAUAUGCUACCAACCGACGAAAUUACUCAUCCUAGAUUGAAGCCUAAGAGGCUUCCCUGCAGUCAUACUCUACAUUUGGGCUGUCUCAAAAGCUGGAUGGAGAGAUCUCAGACAUGUCCUAUAUGUCGGGUUGCAGUUUUCGAUGAAAAAGGAAACGUUGCUCCUAGUGUAAGCACUUCAACAGCGCAAGGGCAACACUCGCCAGGGUCAGAAUCAAACGCAAGAUCUGCGGCGCAUGCUGACGAAACCGUUUGGAGGCGAAAUGUCGCUAGCGUACUUCCUUCAACGCCCUCAAACAAUCCAUCAGGAUCAUGCAGAUGGUAUGCUUUUCCAACGGUGGAAUUACAGGAAUCUAACGGGAGAACGAUCCAACUCUCUGACGUCACGGGUACUGAAAAGACCCUGACUAUCACUCACAUAUCUAGGCCUGAAUAUCAAAAAGAUACGAGCCAGGUUCCUGGAAAGGUGGUGAUUAGUGACAGCUUUGAGAGCAGCAGCUCAGAAAUUGACAGGCUAAAAAGAAGGAUUUCGGAUUUGGAGGGAAAAGUGCAGGAGCUGAAGAAGAGGGCGCGUACCGAAUAA